AUGGCCGACCCCUUUGGCGACUUGUUCACCCGCAUGCCAAGCAACACGAACAACAUCAGUCUUCAGAGCCUACACCCUCAGCCACCUGCUCGAGCUGCUGCUGCUCCCCUGCAUGCAAGCUACAACAUCGUGAACGAAGAACGAUACUUCGGCGCACGCGAUGAGUCGGACGAGGACGACGAUGAGGAAAUGGAAGACGACUCACCGCAUCCUCACCUGCCUCCCCGUCUGCCUCCCCGUCGAGGACCUUCUUCUCCUGAAGAGAAAGACAUCUUACGUAGUUUGAGCGAAACCCUCGAUGUCGAGAGUCGGGAAGCGACUUUUACCUGUGGAGGAAAGAUUCCCAUGGUUCUGACUUCAACCCGUGACGAGGCCGGGAAUUUGACACCAAGAACCCAUGCCAAAGUCCACGAACAGAGAAUUACGACGAAACCCAUCACCAUUCGAUGGGGAGCUGACGGGAUGGGUCGACUCGUCAGCUUUCCCGGCCAUAGCGAAGGAACUCUACAACAUCUCGUUUCAGACUGUCAGCCCGCGACGUUUGGCCGAAAGGGGAAGGACGUCUAUGAUGAGAGUUAUCGUCGUGCUGGAGCCAUGUCCACGGAAAACUUCAUGUCCGACUUCUGCCCCUACGAGGCCGGCAUCAUGGAUGUUGUCACGCAGAUGCUGGUCCCGGAUAUUUCAUGCGAUCUAGAUCGACCCGCACCUCCGACCGAAGUGAUCAUGACCGCAGCAGAAAGAGAGCAAAUCUGUGAAGCAUUCUGGCGUUUCGCACCAAGGGAUGAAUUCGCCAUUCCUCUCACUAGAGUGGUGGAAGCAUUGGAGAGUUUAGGUCUGCCCAUUCCUGACGGGUACAUGCGGCCAUGGACUUGGACAGAAUUUCACUGUCAUGCGGAGCAGUUUAUCCUGAGGAGGAAGAUGGAGGCGGCAAGGAGAUUGCGUGCAGCUUGGGAGGAAAAAGCCUUCUUCAGGGGUCUCAGAGCAGAGCUCUACAAGUUGAAUGUCUACUCAGGGCCGAGUGGGAUGUUCAAGAAGCAUGUCGAUACGCCGAGGAGUCAGGAGCAGAUUGGGAGUUUGGUGGUGUGCUUGCCUGUGGCUUUCGAAGGUUGGCUGUUUUCCAAAAGAUAUACGUGAAAAGGCUGACACUGUGAUGCGUCUAGGCGGCGAGCUCGCCGUCCGCCAUCAAGGCCACCAAAUCCUCUACGAUUGGACAACCCCCUCCCCCUCCGAUGAACCCGCAAUCCACUGGGCCGCUUUCUACAGCGACAUCGAACACGAAGUCCUCCCCGUCACGUCGGGCCAUCGCAUCACCCUCACCUACAACCUCUUCCUCUCCCCGGGCACAGGCCUGCUCACCAGCCCCAAACCCCUCAGCCUGCAACCCGAAAACCUCCCCUUCCACAACCACCUCACCCAAAGCCUCUCCUCCCAGCACUUCAUGCCCCAAGGCGGCCACCUCGGUUUCCACCUCGCCCACUCCUAUCCCCACACGCACCCCCAUAAACACAAAUUCGUCCCCAAAAUGCUCAAGGGCAUCGACAUGGCCGUCUACAUCUCCCUCGCCGCCGCCAAUCUCCCCACCAUGCUCACGCCCUACCCCUUCACGGACCAGAGCUAUCGCCUUCAAAAAGGAAACCUCCUCGAAGCGCUCGAAACGGAUUUCAAUCCGGGCUACGAAGAAGACGACGCCGAUUCUGAUGAGGUCGAAGAUGACUUGGAAGAGGACGAGCAUGGAAAGCUCCUUGAAGGGGGCAUGACUCCCAACCCGUACACGGAGGCGUGGGAUGUUAAAGUCCGGAAGCGGUUUCAGGGGAGUGUGGUCUGGUUGAAUGAAGGAUGUGGCGCCGCUGGGAGGGAGAUGCGGAAGGCGUGUUUGGCGGUUAGUACUCCUUAUCCCUUACCCUUUCUCUUCGAUUUCGUAUUUCGUGAGAUUUCGAAGACGCUGAUUUUGAUUCAUUUUUUCGUCCAUGUAGUACGGCAACCAAGCGGAAUUAAAAGUGAAAUACAGCAGUGCUGCGAUUGUGGUUCGAAUUCCCGGCUGGGAGGAGAGGAAUGGAAAGGGACGGACGGUGGAGAGGGCUAUUCAGAUUGAUUGA